AAAUGACCAGGUGGCUUAAGACUAAAUUGCUUAUAUAGGGAACUGGGAUUAGUUCUGCAGAUUUCUGUCUGCUGCAGAUGGCUUCUCUGAGUAUGGCACGCUCAUCUGGACUGAAAAACACCAAUGUCAAUAGUGUUGCUGUGGAUAGGUUGCCUGAUGAAAUGAUGAUAUGAAGAUAAGAGAUGAUAAGGAAGUUGAGGCUACUGUUGUUGAUGGAAAUGGACAGAGACAGGUCAUAUAAUAGUAACAACUAUUGGAGGUAGAAAGGCCAGCCAAAACAGACUAUAAGUUACAUGGCUGAGCGUGUUGUAGGGCAUGGAUCAUUUGGAAUCGUGUUCCAGGCAAAUGUCUAGAGACUGGUGAAACAGUAGCAAUAAAAGAAGGUUCUUCAAGAUAAGAGGUACAAAAUCGUUGAGCUGCAAACCAUGCGUCUGCUUGACCAUCCAAAUGUUGUCUCUUUGAAGCAUGCUUCUUUUCGACAACUGAGAAAGAUGAACUAUACCUUAACCUGGCUGCUUGAAUAUGUACCUGAGCUGGUUCAUCGUGUAAUAAAACACUACACAAGAUGAAUCAGCGGAUGCCAUUGAUAUAUGUAAACUUUACAUGUACCAGAUUUGGUAGAGCAUUAGCUUAUAUUCAUGGCAGUAUUGGAGUGUGCCACAGAGACAUCAAGCCUCAAAAUCUUCUGGUCAACCCUCAUACCCAGCUGAAGCUGUGUGACUUUGGAAGUGCAAAAGUUUUGGUGAAAGGGGAACCAAAUAUAUCAUACAUCUGUUCUAGGUACUACAGAGCUCCUGAGCUUAUAUUUGGUGCCACGGAGUAUACAACAAUUGACAUUUGGUCUGCUGGCUGUGUUCUAGCCGAACUCCUUUUAGGACAGCCUCUCUUUCCUGGUGAGAGUGGAGUUGAUCAACUUGUUGAAAUUAUUAAGAUUCUGGGCACGCACAGAGAAGAAAUUAAAUGCAUGAAUCCAAAUUAUACGGAGUUCAAAUUUCCACAGAUCAAGGCUCACCCGUGGCACAAGAUCUUCCAUAAAAGAAUGCCACCUGAAGCUGUUGAUCUUGUCUCGAGGCUUCUUCAGUACUCCCCAAAUUUACGGAGCACCGCUCUGGAGGCAUUAAUUAAUCCAUUCUUUGACGAGCUCAGAAACCCAGAUACCCGUCUGCCAAAUGGUCGGUUUCUACCCCCGCUCUUUAACUUCAAGCCUCAUGAGUUGAAGGGAGUUCCCAUGGAGAUUGCGGCAAAGUUGAUUCCAGAGCAUGCAAGAAGCAAUGCACCUUCCUAGGAUUGUAAUUUGUUUAAUUGGAUAGUAUUACUGAUAGCUCAUGUGUACUAUGCAAGGCAAAAGAAAUUGUGAUCUAAGAACUUCUUUGCACGUGUGAGGCAGUACUCUUUCUUCUUGUUUCCAUUGUAUUAUGGCUGCUGCCUAGUUCUGUAAAGCAGAUUGGUGUCUGCUGUGGAUCUCCCAAAACCUCAAUGGUCUCUCCGCUAACCUUGCUUUGAUCCACGCCUCAUGUUUAUAACGUUACUGAAGCAAUACUUUUCUGCUUGGUUUAUGGAUUUGAAAAAAAAAAUACAAAUCUUUCGUUGAUGCA